ACACACCAACAACUCCCACCAUAUAUAAUCUCAUCUCUUCAUUCCUAGCUAGCUUAAUUCCUAGCUCCGAGCUGACCAAGUCAAGAAACUAAACCUAACCCACCCGGCCGGAGAGGAGCAAGAAAAUGAUGAGGUCAUCGUCGUCUUCCGCGGUGGUUUCCAUACCAGACGACGAAGGAGGCGAGAGAACUCAUUCUGCUGCUGCGGCGGCGGGCGGCUAUGAUACGCCGCUGCAUCAAGAGAAGGGGGCUAAUGGUGGUGAUAAGAGCAAUAUUGAUAAUAAUAAUAAGAGUAAGAAUAAUAAUGUUUUUAUGAUGAGGGAAAAGAUGAAGAAAUGGUGUGAGUUGGACAAGAGGAAAGCAGUGCACAGCAUGAAGGUAGGGGCGGCUCUGGUUCUGGUCUCCCUUCUCUAUGUCUUGGAUCCUUUGUUCAAUCAGGUCGGACAAAAUGCCAUGUGGGCCAUCAUGACCGUCGUCGUCGUUUUCGAAUUUUACGCAGGGGCAACAAUAAGCAAGGGGAUAAACCGAGGGAUCGGGACCAUACUCGGCGGGUUAUUAGGAUGUUUGGCGGCGCUGGUAGCCCAUAAACUCGGAGGGUUGCACAGUACUUUUGUCGUCGCCAUAUCCGUGUUCAUCGUAGGUGGGGGUGCGACGUACGUGAGGAUGGUGCCGAGGGUGAAGAGGAAAUUCGACUACGGGGCGAUGAUUUUCAUACUGACGUUUAACCUGGUGGUGGUGUCGGGGGUGCGGGCGGAGAGCGUGCUGAGACUGGCCCGGGAGCGGUUGUCGACGAUCGGGAUGGGGUUCGCGGUGUGCAUAUUCACAAGCUUGCUCAUCUUCCCGGAGUGGGCUAGUGACCAGCUCCACUCCUCAACCGCCGCCAACUUCCAACACAUUGCUUCUUCUCUUGAAGGGUGCUUGGUGGAGUACUUCAGAAUUUCAGAUGAGAAGGAAAGGGAGGGGAAGGGCGCCGCUAAUCUCAGUGCCUGCAAAUCUGUAUUGCAUUCCAAAUCAUCCGACGAAUCUUUGGCAAAUUUUGCGAAAUGGGAACCUUGGCAUGGGAAAUUUGGGUUCUCAUAUCCAUGGGACAAAUACAUGGAGAUUGGAGAAGCCCUAAGAGAGCUUGCUGCACUUGUCAUUUCCCUAAAAGGUUGCAUUCAAUCAUCUUCACAGCCAUUGCCAGCAGAGCGAGGAAUAAUCAAAGAGGCGUGCGAAAUCGCGGGGGUAUCGGUAGCGUGCAUACUGAGGGAGCUGGGGGAUGGCAUAAAGGGGAUGAAAGGGUGCAGAGUUAAGGGCACAAUAAGCCCUAAACUACAGUGCAUGAAACAAGACAACCUCAAUGCAGCCAUGAUCAUGAGCUCUGAUAGCCCUACAGAUAUGGGGAUGGCCACCUUUGUGUUCCUCUUGAAUGAGAUGAUUGACAAGGUUGAAGACUUGGUGACUAUGGUGGAAAAGCUUGGAGACAUUGCUGGGUUUCAUAAGCACAAGUUGGAGGUUGAAAUGUGCUGAUUAAUUGAUUUGGUUUCAUGAAUAUAUAUUAAAGGGUAUGUAAUUAAUCACCAUUAAAAAAAGAUUAAAUAAUAUAGGCAUUUAUGUAUA